UCUGCCUCUUCCCUACACGAAGCCGUUAAAACUUAAUCUAUUUGUCUGAAUUUUGAUUGGCUCUCGUACUAAAGAAAGCAAAACGCCACGCGUCGCAUCCACGGCAGAAACUUACAGCUUCCGGUUUCCAUAUUCCCCAAAAGCGGUGGAAUUUGAUUACUGCCUUUCACUUUGGUAAAAGUUGUUAGAGGGUAACCCACCGAAAAGACACAACGAACACAAAGACAGAGAAUCAUUGAUUGUCGGCUAUGGCGAUCGUGCUUCCUCGUACCUCGAUUUUCUUCCUCGUUUCUCUAUUUCUGGCUCUUGCUCUCGCAAACUCGCAAUCGUUCAUCGGCGUAAACUACGGCCAAGUUGCCGACAACCUCCCGCCGCCGUCCGCGACGGCGAAGCUGCUCCAAUCCACGUCGAUCGAGAAGGUCCGGUUGUACGGAGCCGACCCGGCCAUAAUCAAAGCACUGGCGAACACCGGGAUUGGAAUCGUGAUCGGCGCAGCGAACGGCGACAUCCCGGCGCUGGCCUCCGACCCCAAUUUCGCAAAAAACUGGGUCAACGCCAACGUCGUCCCCUUCUAUCCGGCGAGCAAGAUCAUCCUUAUCACCGUCGGCAACGAGGUCAUGACCUCCGGCGACCAGGGGCUGAUCAACCAGAUGCUUCCGGCAAUACAGAAUGUCCAGAACGCCCUCAAUUCGGCGUCCCUAGGCGGGAAAAUCAAGGUGUCGACGGUCCACUCCAUGGCGGUGCUGAGGCAAUCGGAGCCACCUUCAGCCGGAAGCUUUCAUCCGGACUUCGUACCGGUGCUUCGAGGGAUGUUGGCCUUCAACAACGCCACCGAUUCGCCGUUCGCCAUCAAUCCGUACCCUUACUUCGCUUACCGAGGCGACCCCAGGCCCCAAACACUGGCCUUUUGUCUCUUUCAACCCAACUCCGGUCGGUUUGACUCCAACACCAAGAUCAAGUACAUGAACAUGUUUGAUGCUCAGGUUGACGCUAUUCGAUCUGCAUUGAACUCGUUGGGCUUUAAGAAUGUGGAGAUAGUGGUUGCGGAAACGGGCUGGCCUUACCAAGGAGACGGCGACGAAGUGGGCCCAAGUGUUGAGAACGCCAAAGCCUAUAACGGUAACCUGAUCGCACACCUUCGGUCGAUGGCCGGAACCCCGUUGAUGCCUGGGAAAUCAGUGGACACUUAUCUGUUCGCACUCUACGAUGAGGACUUGAAACCAGGCCCUGGUUCCGAGAGAGCCUUCGGCUUGUUCAAGCCUGACCUUUCCAUGAGUUACGACGUUGGCCUCUCCAAGACCAGUAGCGGUAGCCAGAGUCCUACUCCGAGUUCAACACCGAAGACGCCGGUGAAUCCAUCGCCAAAGUCGAAGAAAACAGUUUGGUGUGUGCCGAAGGCAGGAGUGUCUGAUGCCCAGUUGCAGGCUAACAUAGAUUAUGCUUGUGGACAUGGGGUUGAUUGCAGUGCAAUUCAGCACGGCGGUGCUUGUUUCGAACCAAACACAGUGGCUUCUCAUGCUACUUAUGCCAUGAAUCUCCUUUACCAAACAGCUGGAAGGAAUCCAUGGAACUGUGAUUUCUCUCAGACAGCCACUCUCUCCACUAACAAUCCCAGCUAUAAUGGUUGUUCUUACCCUGGGGGGAGUACCUGAUUUGUGGGCAAGGCAUCGUCUUAUCUUAUUUGGGACCCGAAGGAAAGUAGUGAGCAAUUUCGCAGAGGAUAGGAAUUUAAGUAUUCUGUUUCCUCUUGAUAUGCUCAGAAAUUAUCCUGUUGCGUGGUUUGUGAUGUGUCAUGUGUGUGAAUAAAUUGAUACAUUUAAUCGAAAUUAAGUUGGGAAAGUACUAGGCUUUCGUACAUGUAUGUUAUGUAAAUGCGUCAGCGUCAAAUGAUCUAUGUAAAUCCUAAAGGAAACUGGAGAAGUGUAUGAUGGUUGGUUUUGGUUAUGAAAAUUUUAAUUUAUCUGGACCUAUUA